UCCAAAUGAAGUAAGCGGGAAAAACCAAAACGAAGCAAGUGACACAAGUGACGUAGAACAGGAAACUUGGAUAAAUAAAGCAGGUCAAGAAAAUGAAGAAAGUAAGGCCGGUGAAGCAAGUAAAGGAAGUGAGAGCUCUUUUGAAACGUUAAGUCAUAAUAGAGAAGAGGCAAAUAACUUAGAU